GCUUAAUUGCAAUUUUGCUUCCAACUCCGAGUCCGGCCUGGCCAGCUGGCCUUCUAACGUCUUUUUUUCUCUUCCCAUUUCACAUUCUUCCGAGCUCGACAGAGUCUCAGUCUCUCGCCCUCUCGAUGGAUUUCUCCAGUCCUCGAGGUACUCGCAAAGGUUUCAAGAGAUCCGAAUUGUACUCUACAGUCCUUAUUCAUGGCGACGACGAUGAAGAAGAAGAAGAGGAGCGGCGAGGAUACAAGCGUGCAGACGAAGAAGAAGACAUGUACGCAACGAUGGUCUACAAAGACCAGCAAGACGAUUCAUCUCUCCCUCCUCUCCUUCAACGUGUUCCGAAGGAUUUUGGGGCUGUGAUGGAUGACGACGAUGAAGAUUAUGACGGUGGAGAUUUCUCACGUACCAUGAUUGUUAAAACCAAUCGCAAUCGAUCUUCUCCGUCGACCUCAUCGGCAACUUCGAUGAGGCGUAUGCGUGAUUCGCCUUUUGGAGAUCGGAGUCAUGCCAGUCCGAGGAAGAGAAUGGAAGAGGAAGAAAAUUUCUCGACGUUUGUGGUGAAAUCGACGGUUCGCUCGAGUGAGGAGUCCUUGACGGGGACUGUUAUUAGGAGAACUGGUAGUGGUGGAGGGGGUUCUUACUCUUCUUCCACUAUGAGUAAGGCCGUGGUGAGCAUGCAGGCUGUGGGGGAAUUAGGGUUUGGGAAGCAGAGGAAAGGGAGUUCUUCGUCACAGGGCGAGGAGAAUCGACAGCAACUGCCUAGGAAGAUGUCGGUUAGUUCAAUCCCUGAGAGCAUUACGAGGGAAGAUCCUUCUUCUAAAUAUGAACUGCUCAAUGAACUAGGCAAGGGUUCAUAUGGAGCUGUUUACAAAGCUAGAGAUCUGAAGACUUCUGAACUGGUUGCCAUCAAAGUUAUAUCAUUAUCUGAGGGGGAGGAGGGAUAUGAAGAGAUUCGUGGUGAGAUAGAAAUGUUGCAACAGUGUAGUCAUCCAAAUGUGGUGCGAUACCUUGGCAGCUACCAAGGAGAAGAAUAUCUCUGGAUCGUUAUGGAGUAUUGUGGGGGUGGUAGUGUGGCUGAUUUGAUGAACAUCAAUGACGAGCCUUUGGAGGAGCAUCAAAUAGCUUACAUUUGCAGAGAAGCUUUAAAGGGUCUAUCUUAUUUGCACUCAAUUUUCAAGGUUCAUAGAGACAUUAAGGGUGGUAAUAUCUUGCUUACCGAACAAGGAGAGGUCAAGUUGGGAGAUUUUGGUGUGGCAGCGCAGCUUACCAGGACCAUGUCAAAACGCAACACGGUAUAUUUUUAUUAUUAAGUAAUUUGCAUAAAUCCUUACCAU